AUGUUGGCAGUGACGGCCACUUGGAAGCCUCCCCACCAAGUGACGGCCACUUGGAAACCUCCCCACCAAGUGACGGCCACUUGGAAGCCUCCCCACCAAGUGACGGCCACUUGGAAACCUCCCCACCAAGUGACGGCCACUUGGAAGCCUCCCCACGAAGUGACGGCCACUUGGAAGCCUCCCCCACCAAGUGACGGCCACUUGGAAGCCUCCCCACCAAGUGACGGCCACUUGGAAGCCUCCCCACCAAGUGACGGCCACUUGGAAGCUUCCCCACCAAGUGAUAGCCACUUGGAAGCCUCCCCACCAAGUGACGGCCACUUGGAAGCCUCCCCACCAAGUGACGCCCUCUUGGAAGCUUCCCCACCAAGUGACGGCCACUUGGAAGCCUCCCCCACCAGCCUCCCCCACCAAGUGACGCCCACUUGGAAGCCUCCCCCACCAAGUGACGCCCACUUGGAAGCCUCCCGACCAAGUGACGGCCACUUGGAAGCCUCCCCACCAAGUGACGUCCACUUGGAAGCCUCCCCACCAAGUGACGGCCACUUGGAAGCCUCCCCACCAAGUGACGGCCACUUGGAAGCCUCCCCACCAAGUUACGGCCACUUGGAAGCCUCCCCACCAAGUGACGGCCACUUGGAAGCCUCCCGACCAAGUGACGGCCACUUGGAAGCCUCCCCACCAAGUGACGGCCACUUGGAAGCCUCCCCACCAAGUGACGCCCACUUGGAAGCCUCCCCACCAAUGACGGCCACUUGGAAGCCUCCCACACCAAGUGACGGCAACUUGGAAGCCUCCCCACCAAGUGACGCCCACUUGGAAGCUUCCCCACCAAGUGACGGCCACUUGGAAGCCUCCCCACCAAGUGACGGCCACUUGGAAGCCUCCCCACCAAGUGACGCCCACUUGGAAGCCUCCCCACCAAGUGACGGCCACUUGGAAGCCUCCCCACCAAGUGACGGCCACUUGGAAGCCUCCCCACCAACUGACGCCCACUUGGAAGCCUCCCCACCAAGUGACGGCCACUUGGAAGCCUCCCCACGAAGUGACGGCCACUUGGAAGCCUCCCCACGAAGUGACGGCCACUUGGAAGCCUCCCCACGAAGUGACGGCUACUUGGAAGCCUCUCCCAUCAAGUGA